CUAACGCGGCCGCAGCCGGCAGUCCUGUGGCAACAACAGUCGUGGUCGGGAGUGUGAACGCAGCCGUAUUCCAGCAGUCACGCGCGGACCACUCUCUCUACGAGCAGAAGAGGUAGAGGCGCCGGCGGCCUGUCCAGCGAUCGCACAAAGCUCCGCCGGCACCAACCGCAACAGCACCUGCAGCGUCACGUGCUCCUCCAGUGCUGCCAACUAGCACGCCACUAAUCAAGCUCUCCUCCAGCCCUGAGACAUGGCGCCCUUCCAAUCUGAGGCAGGAGGAUGGGUGAGACGAGACCAGGGCUUAAAUCGAUGAGAAAAUCUGUGGUCCAGCAAGGAGCAAGAGGAGCAGGAGCAGGAGGAGGCAUUUCGGGGGCAUACAAGGAAGUAGCUCAAGUGCACGAGCAUGCACACAGUCACGCCCACGGCCAUCCGGCGCUCUUCUCGGCCGUCCCCACGCUCGAGUUGACUGCCCGGCACGUGCACCCCCACCCGGUCCCCGCCCCGGCCCCGCCGCCGGCCCGCAGGAAGGUUAGUGAUGAGACGAAGGAAGAGGUACAAGAAGAAGACGAAGCCACCCUCAGGGAGUUGCUUAUGAGGUACCUCCUGGCAUUUUCAGUGGAAUGGGAAUCCUGUGCUGUGAGUGGUCUAUCAAGCACUGCACCUGUAGGUUCUUUCUUAAAAAGAUGUGACGAUGCUCCCUAUUCUGCGCCCUCCAGCAUGAUGGCUACGUAUAGGAUUUUCCAGGAUUUAAGUGGAGGCAGCCGGGAGUACGGUCUGCAGAAGCAGGUGAGCGUGAUGAGCACAAACCUGAGCAACAAGCUGGAUGAGCUGCAGGCGAGAGGAGACCGACAAUUUGAAACGUCUGUAGCACUGUGCGAGAUCCGGACCCAGCUACAAGAGCUCACAAAAUCAGUCGAGUCGUGCCAGAGUGAAGUGAGUGAGGUGAAGCGUGAUAUGGUGGCCAUCAAGCACGAGCUGGAUACUGUCCAGCAAGUGAAAGAAGAGAUUGAAGAACUACGUGAAUUUGUUGAUCGACUGGGCGAGCAGAGUCAUCGUCGUAAGCUUCGCCUUCUAGAACAGGGACUGACAUUCUUCCUGUCAUAUGCAAUCCUUGCUGCAGUUUUGGGAAUGCUGCAAUUUGGCUACAACACGGGGGUUAUCAAUGCUCCACAGGGGAAUAUUGAAAAUUUUAUGAAGGAUGUGUACAAAGAUAGAUAUGGUGAAGAUAUGAAAGAAGAAACUGUGAAAUUCUUCUACUCCAUCGCUGUAUCAAUUUUUGCCAUUGGAGGCAUGUUUGGUGGUUUUAGUGGGGGUAUGAUAGCAAACAGGUUUGGCAGGAAAGGUGGUUUGCUCCUCAAUAAUGUCCUGGGAAUAGGUGGAGCCUGCCUCAUGGGUUUCACUAAGAUAGCCCACUCAUACGAGGUGCUGUUCCUUGGCCGGUUCAUCAUUGGAGUCAACUGCGGUCUGAACACAUCACUGGUGCCGAUGUACAUCUCUGAGAUAGCACCUCUGAACCUUCGUGGAGGGCUAGGGACAGUUAACCAGCUUGCUGUCACAGUUGGUCUCCUACUCUCGCAAGUUCUUGGAAUAGAGCAGAUUCUGGGAACUGAUGAUGGGUGGCCUGUGCUGCUGGGUCUUGCAGUCUGCCCUGCUGUCCUACAGUUAAUUUUACUACCAGUCUGUCCAGAAUCGCCUAGAUACUUGCUCAUAACAAAACAGUGGGAAGAAGAGGCAAGAAAAGCUCUCCGUAGACUGCGAGCAUCAAACCAGGUAGAAGAAGAUAUAGAAGAAAUGAGGGCAGAGGAGCGUGCUCAACAAGCAGAAGCAACAAUAUCAAUGAUGGAGCUCAUUUGUUCACCAACACUGAGGUCCCCACUCAUCAUAGGUGUUGUAAUGCAACUUUCGCAGCAGCUUUCAGGGAUCAAUGCUGUGUUCUACUACUCAACGGACUUGUUUAAAAACUCAGGACUUACUGAGGAAAGUGCCAAAUUCGCUACAAUUGGCAUUGGUGCCAUUAUGGUGGGCAUGACACUUGUUUCUAUACCACUCAUGGACCGCACCGGUCGGCGCACACUUCAUCUGUAUGGCCUGGGAGGAAUGUUCAUUUUCUCCAUAUUCAUCACUAUUUCAUUUCUAAUAAAGGAGUUUUUUGGGUAUGUGCAGGAAAUGAUAGACUGGAUGUCGUACCUAUCUGUUGUAUCAACACUGAGUUUUGUGGUCUUCUUUGCUGUCGGCCCUGGCUCCAUACCAUGGAUGAUUACAGCUGAGCUCUUUUCGCAAGGACCACGGCCUGCUGCCAUGUCCAUAGCAGUCUUAAUUAAUUGGAUUGCAAACUUCCUUGUUGGCAUAGGCUUCCCCAGCAUGCAGAAUGCGCUGGAGAACUACACUUUCCUCCCAUUCAGCGUUUUCCUGGCCAUCUUCUGGACAUUUACGUACAAGAAGGUUCCAGAAACUAAGAACAAGACUUUUGAAGAGAUCUUGGCUCUUUUCAGACAUGGGAAUGGAAGGGGAAGUCUUCGGGACAGUAGGUUGUAUGGCAAGGCUGCUACCGCACGUGUGUGUUGUGUGAGGGCCCGGUGGCGGUUCCCGCGAGAUCCCGGUGCCAGCGGCUGAUAGAGGAGAGCCUGAGUGUACGACCAUCUUCGUGCCUCCACCACUUCUUCCCUCAGAGAAGAGCAACCGUGUCCUGCCCUCAGGCCUCAGACAACUGGGAAUACUCUGGAACAGUUGUAAUAGAACUGGAAAACAGACAAUUCUAUCCAACGAAAUGUGCACAGCUGUUUUUUUUACUUUAGUUAUUUUUUUAGAAGAGUUUGUGCACGUGAGCUGAGUAAACUGUUAGCGCACACUGAACUCUUGGAGUUGUUUACUGUUAUGAAGCAGAGAUGAAAAUUAUAUAUACAUUCUGUGUACACUAAACUACUGCCAUUUAGGAAGAAUGAGCAAGUGGAGACUGGGACUGUUGUUUGAGUGAUUUUAUGUGGUAGGAAAUGGGACCAGCAACUCACCUGCCAGGGGAAACAACUAACAUAAAUCCAGAAGGGGUUGACAUUACGGAAAUGUGUGAUAUUUGGCAGGUGUUUAAUUGAGGAUUUCAUCUUGGGUACAGGUAAACUGUUUCUCAGCAUUUGUUUUUGUCAUGUUGUUUUCAUUUUCUGUAGCUUAGUGAUUCACUGCCACUGUGCUCAUGAGAGUAAUAGUGACAGCGAGAAAAGUUUGCCUGUUACUUGAGAAAAAGUGCAUUCACCUGCCAUUUAAUUUUGUGAUCAAGCCAUAAUGCCUUUAUUUAACAAAAAGGAAUAAAGAUUUAGUUAUCAACAUUUUUAGGGAUAUGAUGUGUUUGGAAUCUUGCCAGAUUUAUUGUAUCAUAACUUGUGGACAUGCACGUCAUGUGCUGCAGGGAAAAGGCCUAGUUUGUGAUCAUACUGUGGAGGGCUUCCGGAUCAAAUAAUAAAUUAUAAUAAGAGGGGACUUGAAUAAUGUUUGUAUGUGGGAAUAUGAACCAAACUGCAUGUGCUUGAUGCAAUCAACUUAAAUGAGGUUUUAAAACACUUUUUUCUUUCAUUGCAAAUUCAGUGUAGUACUGUCAGAGUUCAUUUUAAAAAUCAGAAAUUCAGACCAAAAAUUAAAAAUCAUGAUCAACCUUACUAAAUUCAGAAACAUAAUUGCAUAUUAAAUCUGUGAUGGCAGGCAGUUAUUCUGUCCUACAUGGUGAAAUUACAAAUGUCUAAAACUACAGUUUCUAUAUAAUGAUGAAGUUGAAAGAUAUCUAUAUUAGGUUCAUUUUUGAAAUUCCUAUUAAUAGGUAUUAAUUUUUUGGCAAGGGAAUGUAUAAAUUAAUGUAAUUAGGAAACUUACUAUAGUAAUUAUUAUAGCAAAUCUGAAAAAUGUAAAACUAACGGUUCUAGCAAUCUGUUGUGAUUCGCAAAGUUUGGAAGAAUGACGUCUGAUAGAGCGGGAACAUUUCUGACCUCUUCAAAGUAAUUAAUCCUGACCCUCCAUACCCCGCGCAUUGGGCGUCAUUGCAGGAGACAAGUGUUAUUCUAAAUGUAAAUAUUGUUAUGUACUUAAGACUCAUAUUCCUGAUGAAUGAACUGCAUAUUGCUUAUGUUAUUCAGUUUAUUUUUUAAAGGUUCUGUGUAUGUAUGCAAGACAAGAAGUACAGUAGCAGAAUAUGCAUAAUUCCUAGAUUUUAGCCAUCAGUUGGAUCUGUUAGAUAACUUGGGGAGUACGGAUGACGUUCCUCAGUAUUUGCUGAUAAGAAUAAGAAACACAUUAUUAUGAUUAUUAUUAUGAUUAUUAUAAUUCUAAUAUAGAAAUAAAUUUUGUGGACUUGGUGCAGCACAAGAAUCCACUACUGAUGUUGAUAGCUCAUGUCUUCAUUUCUUCAGUGCCAGUUUCUUUUAACCCACAUAGGGUGCAAGGGAAUAGGCAGUGUAAUAAACGUGUGGUUCUUUAGAGAAAAUUUUUGAGUCACCAGUCAUGUAUGAAAGUCUUCCGAAAUGUUGUAAUAAUUUUAUGUGAGCAAGUCCAGAAUUUUAAAUAAAGUAAUCAAAAUUUAAGACCCUAUAAAAGAGGGGAAAAGAAAGGCACACACAUACAUUCUGUUUGCUGCAGCCCAAAAAAAAAAAAAUAUAUAUAUAUAUAUAUAUAUAUACUUUUUAACAGUUAUCAUCAUCUAUUAAAGAAAAGUCUUUCUUUGACACCCACGAAUGUUACACUGCCACUGCAGAAGGAAUAAUAUAAGAGUAAAAUAACUCUAUCAACAUACAAAAAAGAUUGUGUUGUGUCAAUUCAGCAGCAGAUUUCAGCUGCUGCAAUGCUGCUACGGAAAGAUACAGUGUGUAAAGUUCCAUGAAUGCAAUAAAAUUCUAUCUCUAUGAGUACAAUGUUUAA